GAGAGAGCCUAUUAGUUAGGGUUUAGUUCUAGGGCUUGAACCCUUCCCGUUCCGUUCCGGUCCAUUCCAACCGCGUUCGUCGUCUCCUUCCUCCUCCGGCCUCGGGAGCUCGUGGGAGUUAAAACCCUAGCAAUGGCGGGGACGGCGGCGGCGGCGUCGUUCCUGAGGGGGCUGGCGAAGGCGACGGCGGUGCUGGGCUUGGGAGCGUCGGUGGCGGGGGCGUCGCUGUACACGGUGGACGGCGGGGAGCGCGCGGUGAUCUUCGACCGGUUCCGCGGCGUGCUCCCGGAGACGGUGGGGGAGGGCACCCACCUGCUGGUGCCCUGGCUCCAGAAGCCCUACAUCUUCGACAUCCGCACCCGCCCCCACACCUUCUCCUCCACCUCCGGCACGAAGGACCUGCAGAUGGUGAGCCUCUCCCUCCGCCUCCUCUCCCGCCCCGACGUUCCCAGCCUCCCCACCAUCUUCACCUCCCUCGGCACCGACUACGACGACAAGGUGCUCCCCUCCAUCGGCAACGAGGUGCUCAAGGCCGUGGUCGCGCAGUUCAACGCCGACCAGCUCCUCACCGAGCGCCCCCGCGUCUCCGCCCUCGUCCGCGACGCCCUCGUCCGCCGCGCCCGCGAGUUCAACAUCGUCCUCGACGACGUCGCCAUCACCCACCUUGCCUACGGCGCCGAGUUCUCCCUCGCCGUCGAGAAGAAGCAGGUCGCCCAGCAGGAGGCCGAGCGCUCCCGCUUCCUCGUCGCCCGCGCCGAGCAGGAGCGCCGCGCCGCCAUCGUCCGCGCCGAGGGCGAGUCCCAGGCCGCCCGCCUCAUCUCCGACGCCACCGCCGCCGCCGGCACCGGCCUCAUCGAGCUCCGCAGGAUCGAGGCCGCCAAGGAGAUCGCCGCCGACCUCUCCCGGACCCCCAACGUCGCCUACAUCCCCGCCGGCGACCACCCCAACCGCAUGCUCCUCGGCCUCAACACCACCGCCCGGUGAUCACCAUCCAACUCUCCAUCUCUCUCUCUUCAUUUCGUUUCCUAAUCACAACUCGAAGAAUUAUAGAUUUAUUAUUGCGCCUUUUCAUCCGGGGAGACCAGUAACUGCUCGCCACUUGCGGAUUGACGUUC